AUGGCGUCGGACAUGGCAUCUAUUUUGCGAAAACUGCACCUUCAUAAUCAUAUGGAAAUAUUCGAUAUGGAGAAAAUAACGCCGGAUAUAAUUGGGAAAUUAUCUUUGUCUGACUUUAAAGAAUUGGGAAUGCAAUGUCGUAGUGACAUUAUGGCGUUACGGUUGGAAUGUAUUAAACAUGGAUCUGAGACACCGCGUAGAAAUCGAAACGGACUUGAAUGCGGCGCACCUCAAUUUGAUAUCCCUAAGUCAAUUCUGGAAUGUUAUCUCGAGCAAGACUUUACGAUAAAAGAAAUUUCAAAAAUUAUUUCCGUUUCGGAAAGCACAAUUUAUAGGAGGAUGCGCCAAUACGGUCUAAGUAAAAUGGAAUUUUCGAUCAUUACAGACCAAGAAUUAGAUUUCCAAAUUAAGAACAUUACGGAAGAAUUUCCUCAUUGUGGCGAGGGUCUUAUAAAACAAAUACUUUUGGGGAAAUGUGUCAAGGUACAACGAUGGCGAUUGCGCGAGAGUUUGCAUAGGGUUGAUGGUGAAGGCAAAGCCGAAAGGAAGAGAGGAAGAUUGCACAGAAGAGUAUAUCACGUUCAAGGUCCCAACCACCUCUGGCAUGUUGACACAAAUCAUAAAUUAAUCCGUUGGAACCUUGUUAUUAUCGGAGGUAUAGAUGGUUUCAGCCGUCUUCCUGUCAUGUUGAAAUGCUCCGAUAAUAACAAGGCAGAUACAAUCUUGACAUGUUUUGUGGAUGCUGUUAGGAGGUAUGGACUGCCUAGUAGAGUACGGACUGACAAAGGUCUAGAAAAUGUUGGUAUUGCUCAGUAUAUGAUUGAGAAUAGAGGUACAAACCGUGGUAGUAUAAUUGCUGGGAAGAGCACACACAACCAAAGGAUUGAGCGGCUGUGGCGAGAUAUUUAUGAAGGUGCCCUGAGCUUUUUUUAUCAGCUCUUUUAUUUUAUGGAAGAAGAGAGUAUACUUGAUCCUUUGGAUGAAUCAAAUCUGGCUGCCCUUCACUAUGUAUUUGUGCCACUUGUUAAUGCAAAGUUGAAUAUGUGGCAAUCAGCUUGGGCACACCAUCGAAUACGGACAGCCCGUGCAACACCUGCACAGCUUUGGCUUAGUGGACAAAUUAAUAAUCCUGUUGGGAUUGAUGCUAUUCCUGAUCCUGUUCUUGAUCAUGAUGAUAGCUCUGAUGAUGGAAGUCAGGAGCAAUCACAGGGAGAACGUCCAAUUAUUCUUCCAUUGAUACCCUCAUUACCUAAAGCAUGCCAAAAUGAGCUUGGUUCAGAAACAUGGACCCAAUCAAACCAUGGAAUAAAUGAUUACCUCAAAGCACUUAACAUUAUUAGAGAUCAUUUCAAUUAA